CCUCGGUCUAUAUAUUUCCCCCAUUUCGAUGUCUGCUUUGAUUGUCCGUCUCACUGCUCUUCUGAAGACUGAUUCGGCUGUGUUCCAAAUUCCCAACCGGAGAGAUACUCGUUCGCAUAUAUCAUCAUGGCUCCGGCAGCGGCAACAGAUUCUGUAAAGCCUCGAGAUGUUUGUAUUGUCGGUGUUGCACGUACACCAAUGGGUGGCUUUCUUGGUUCUCUUUCAUCUUUGUCAGCCACUAAGCUUGGAUCUAUAGUCAUUGCCAGUGCUCUUAAAAGGGCUAAUGUUGAUCCAUCACUUGUACAAGAAGUUUACUUCGGGAAUGUCCUCAGUGCAAAUUUGGGCCAAGCUCCUGCUAGGCAAGCAGCAAUAGGUGCAGGGAUACCUAACACAGUGGUCUGCACCACCGUGAACAAAGUUUGUGCUUCAGGGAUGAAAGCAACUAUGCUUGCAGCACAGAGUAUCCAGUUGGGCAUCAAUGAUGUUGUUGUUGCUGGUGGGAUGGAGAGCAUGUCUAAUGUCCCCAAAUACUUAGCAGAAGCAAGGAAGGGAUCUAGACUUGGACAUGAUUCUCUUGUAGAUGGUAUGCUGAAGGAUGGACUCUGGGAUGUGUACAAUGAUGUUGGGAUGGGAGUUUGUGCUGAAAUAUGUGCAGAACAACAUAAAGUAACAAGAGAAGAGCAGGAUGAUUAUGCCGUACAGAGCUUUGAGCGCGGUAUUGCAGCUCAAGAUAGCGGUGCAUUUUCUUGGGAAAUAGUGCCGGUUGAGGUUUCUGGGGGAAGAGGGAAACCCUCAACAGUUGUUGACAAGGAUGAAGGUCUUGGAAAGUUUGAUGCUGGAAAAUUAAGGAAGCUUCGGCCAAGUUUUAAGGAGAGUGGAGGUUCUGUUACAGCAGGCAACGCAUCUAGUAUAAGUGACGGUGCUGCUGCUCUAGUCUUGAUGAGUGGAGAGAAAGCAGUUAGUCUUGGAUUGCAAGUGAUUGCAAAGAUCACAGGAUAUGCUGAUGCUGCUCAGGCACCAGAAUUAUUCACGACUGCUCCAUCCCUUGCAAUACCAAAAGCUAUUUCAAAUGCUGGUUUGGAGUCUUCUCAAGUUGAUUACUAUGAAAUUAAUGAAGCUUUUUCAGUUGUGGCUCUUGCAAAUGUGAAACUGCUGGGACUUAAUCCAGAAAAAGUUAAUGUCCACGGUGGAGCUGUGUCCCUGGGCCAUCCUCUAGGUUGCAGUGGAGCCCGUAUCUUGGUCACACUAUUGGGGGUAUUGAAGCAGAAGAAGGGGAAGUAUGGAGUUGGUGGGGUUUGCAAUGGAGGAGGAGGUGCUUCAGCCCUUGUCGUAGAACUUGUGUAAUUCUCGUUUUUAUGUUUGGUAAGCAUCUGUUUAAUAGCAGCUGCAGAUCAAUCACGAGGAAGCUAGAAGUCUGCCAAGUAUUCCAAAUUAAUGAAGAAGUGCACUUCUCUUUACUUACUAGAGUGUUUUUCCAUUUCUAUUUUCCUUCUCCAAUAAGUGAGAGAUGUAUUUUAGAUCAAGAUAAUUUAUUUAGAACUCUCUCUCUCUCUGUGGCGGCCCCAUUUAUGCAAAGUCAAACAAAGCUGCAGAGGAAAAUUAAGAUCAUGGGAGCAAAUGCAUUGGGGCUUGAUCUUAAGUGGUAUUGGUAAUGACGCUGUAAGGCCUUUUUUUUCUAGUGGUUUAGUAAUGAAAUGGACGACUCCAUGAGAAUUGAGUGAAAUGAAAUGUAAAAUAUUUUAUCAUCAUUGGAGAUGGAAAGCAAAUGGAAGCUAUUUCUUCUUUGUAAA